AUGAUUAAGACUGAUCAAGAAAAUAUUUAGGUCUUGGUUCGUAUCAGACCUCUCAAUUCUAGAGAAAAAGCUGAAGGAGCCACUCCAUGUAUGCAAGUUGAUAAGAGUAAUCCUACCACAGUAAUUAUUGAUGGUAAAAGCUAUAACUAUGAUUAUAUUACUGGCUCUGAGACUACUCAAGAGGAUAUUUUUCAUAUAGUUGGUAAACCUGUUGCUCUAGCUUGGUUGGAAGGUUAUAAUGCUUGUAUAUUUGCUUAUGGUCAAACUGGUGCAGGUAAAACCUUCACCAUGCAAGGUAAGGGGCUUAUUGAAGAAGGAGCUGAAUCUCCAAAUAGAGGUCUUUAGCCUAGAGUUUUUGACUAUGUAUUUGGAUUGAUUAACUCUUUAAAAAAGGAAAACCCUGAAAAUGAAUAUUUAAUUACAUGCAACUACCUUGAAAUUUAUAAUGAAUAAAUUAUGGAUUUGCUUGCUGAGCAAAAGCAUGAUGCUAAUGCUAAACCAGUUUAACUAUCAGUUAGAGAAGAUUUGAAAAAAGGAGUUUAUGUCGAAAAUUUAUGUGAAGAAGUUGCAAAUUCAUCAGAAGAUGCUAUCAACUUACUAAUUAAAGGUGCCUCAGCUCGUCACGUUGGAGCUACUAAAAUGAAUGCAGAUUCAAGCAGAUCUCACUCUGUUUUUUCUUUGAAUUUCUAAUCUAAAAUUGUUUCUAAUGGUAUGAUACAUGUUAAAAAUUCUAAGUUGCAUUUUGUAGAUUUGGCUGGUUCUGAAAGACAAAAAUCUACUGGAGCAGCUGGAGAUCGUCUCAAAGAAGCAUCCAAUAUCAAUAAAUCUUUAACCGUUCUUGGUUUGGUUAUUAAUGCUUUAGUCGAAUCUGCUAAUGGUAAAAGUAGACACAUUCCUUACAGAGACAGUAAAUUGACUUUCAUUUUGAAAGACUCACUUGGAGGUAACUCAAGAACAUUUAUGAUUGCUGCAUGCUCAGAAGCCAACACAUAAUUUUAAGAAACCCUUUCUACUCUUAAGUUUGCUCAAAGAGCUAAGAUGAUUAAAAAUAAGGCUUCCGUUAACGAAGAAAGUUAAGGAAAUGUUUAGCAGCUUAAAAAAGAAAUUUAAAAGCUUAAAGAAGAGUUGUAAGAUGCUAAGAAAGCUUUAUAAGAAAUGGAGGAAAACUAAAAGAAUAUGACUAGAAUUAUAACACCUGCUAAAUAUACUCCAACUUCAAUGAACCAUGAGGCAGUUAUUUAAUUUUAACAGAAAAACUUUAAAGAAAUUAAUAUCAAACUUGAAGAAGUCAAUUAACUUUUAAGCGAUUUUAAUGAUUCUAGAUCUAGAAUCGAAGAAUUCUUUAAAAAUGAAAAAUUGGGAGUUUUAAGAGUCUUCUAAGAUAUAGUUGACCAAAAGAAAAUGGGAUAAGAUGUUGAUAUAAUUAAAGCAUUAACUUAAAAAUCAGAUAUGGAAGAGGAAGGAAUUAGUUCUUUAUUAACUGAAAUAGAUUAAACGAUUGUAGAAGACAUUUAGUAAAUGACACAGACAUGCAUUAAGUUAGAAGAAUUUGAAGAAAGAAGAAAAGAUUUUACAUCUAAGUUAGAAAAAAUAGGAUUAAUGAACUUUGGAUGUCCUGAAAAAGAGAAAGAACUUGAAGAAGCUAUCAUUUAAAGAGAAAAAAGAAUUAUCGAACUUUAAAAUGAACAGGCUCAUUAGAAUAAGCUGUUUAAUUAAUAAUUAGAGGAAAUUUCUAAUUAAAGAGAUCAUUUUAAAGAAGUAAAUCAAGGAUUAAACAGUGAAAUUUAAUCUCUUUAGCAAUAGAUUGCCAAGAAUGUCUAAACUCAUGAAGAAAAAAUUUAACAGUUUAAGAAUGGUUUUGAAAGUAAAUUAGCAGAGUAUGACUAAAAUUCAUCUGAGAUAAAGAUUAAAAAUAUGGAAUUAGCCGAUGAAAUUGAUGAAUUAAAGUCUCACAUUGAGAAUCUUAAUAGAAUUAAAGAUGAUAUUAAAUAGAAAUGGGAAAAUGCCUAUGAAAAUUAUCAGAAGACAUUACAAACUAAAAAUGAAAUAGAAAAUUAGAAGGACUCAAUUUAAUCUUAAUUAAAUAUUUCAAGAGAGGAAAAUACAAACUUAAUGUUUAAGUUAAGUGAGGCAGAGAAUUUAUACAAUUAAGACCGUCUACACAUGAUGACUUUAGAAGAUGAGCUAAAUUCCUAAAAGAAUAUAAUAUAAGAAAAAGAUCAUUAAAUAAAUAAUCUUGUCAGUAGAAUUGAAGAAGAAAACCUUCGUCUUCAAGCAACUAUUGAUAAAUAAAAGGAUGACAUUGCAAGCUUGGAAGAUCAAAUUACAAAAUCAAAAGAAGAUAUAGAAAUUGCUUGUCAGACAUUAGAGUUCUUGAAUAAAUAAUUAGAAGAGAAAUGCUAAGUAAAUAUCUAAUUAUAAGAAACAUACAAGCAAGAGUUUAAUUAAAGAGAAAAGUUUGAAAAUGAAUUGAAAUACCUUUACCAUAAUGAAAAGAGUUAGCUUAACGUAGCUCUUAAACAAAAUGAAAUUUUUGAAAAAUAGAUUUAGGAAAUUGAGCAAGAAAUCACCUAAAAGAUGGAUAAAAUUACUGAUUUAGAGCAUGAUAUUUUGGGUCUUUAGGAAAAGCUUAAAAAUAAUGAAAAGCGCCUGAACAGUUUAGAAGUCGAAAAAGAAUAUUACCGCAAUGAAACAGAAUAAUAGAUUCAGUAGAUUUAAAUUAAAGAUGAUAAAAUUAAAGAAAUAAAUCAAGCCUUAGAAACUGCUUUAUAAAUGGGUGAAUAACUAGAAAUGGGUGUCUAAGAAUAUGAAAAAUAAAAUAAAAUUCUAAGCGAAUAAUUGCUUUAGAAAGAGUAAGAAAUAUUAGAAAAAAUUUUAUAAUUGGAAGAUGCAGAAUAGAAGAUAAGAGUAUCUCAAAUGACUCACGAAUUGCUUACUUAAAAGAUUUCAGAAUUAGAGAGUUAGUUAGGAGAACAAAUUACUUUGAAUACAGGCUUUUAAGAUUAAAUUGUGUUAUUAUCAGAAGAAAAGAAGGACCUAAUUUAAAAAGAAGCUUAGUUGAUUGAAUCUAAUUUAGAAUAAGAAAAAACCAUAAUUGAGUUGAAGGAAAAUUUACAAUAAUUGGAGUAAUUGUGCAAGGAAAAAGAAACAUAAAUAGAGUAAAUUAAAUCUGAUUUCUAUGAACUAAAGAAGUCUUCAGAGGAUUACUAGUAGAUUUAAGAUCAUGAGCUAAAAUCUGUCAAAGAGCAGAAUAACAAACUUAAUGAAUAAGUGUAAAACUAUGAAUUUGAGGUAUAAAACAUGUAAUAGAAGGCUUCUCAAAUGGAAGAAGACAUGGAAGUCUUAAAGUAAGAAAUAUAAGAAAAGCAAGAGCUCUACCUUCAAAGUGAAAAAUCAAAGGAGGAACAGAUCUCAUAAAAAAAUCAAAAGAUAGAAGAACUCAUUUAAGAAAGAUAAGUCUAUGAAGAAGAAUUCGAUAAAAUUUAAACUAAAUAUUCAAACCAAAUGCGUAAUAUAUCUGAACUUCAACAAUCAUUUUAAGCAGCCAGAACUGAAAAUGAAUCUAUUAAAAAACAAAUCGAAGAUAAUAGAGGAUAAAUGGAGAUCUUCUAAUUAGAGAAAUAAAAGUUUGAAAUAGAGAAACAAAAGCUUGAAACUGAAAGACAAACUAUCUAAUAAGAAAUGUAUUAGAAAGAUAUCCUCAUUUAAAAAUUCAAAGAAGAAUAAGAACAAAUAGGAUGCAAGUUUGAAAUAUUCAAGACCUUACACGAGUAAAUAGAAGAAUAAAAGAAUGUUUAUCAGUCUAAAUAUGUCAAUAAAAGUAAAGAGCUUGAUAAUUACGAAUAAAAAUACAAUACCCUUGAAUAAGCUAUGGAAAGACUUAAUGAAAAACUUACUAUAAAAUAAUUGGAAAAUAACAAACUAACUAACUAGAUUCUUAUUAUGCAAUCCAAUAGAGAGAAAAACUAAUUUACAUAAGAAGACUUGUAAAGAGAUUUGAAAAAAUCAAGAGAAGAAUGCUCUCAGAUCAAACAAAAAUACAAGGCUCUUAUAUUGGAAAGAUAAGUCUAAUCACAAUAAGCUAACAGAUUUAAUGGAAAUGCUAAUGAUCAAAACAUCAUAAUUAAAAAAUUAGAGGAAGAGAACAAUAAAAUUAAGGAUUAAUUUAAUAAAUACAAGCAAAUAUCAGAAAAAAAGAUAAAUGAAAUAUGUGAAAAGCUUAAUAGAGGAAUAUCCACUGCAACCAUAGUCAAAGAUAUUUCUAACUCGACUGAGAUAGCCAAGAAAUUAGAAAAAUAAUGUGAAAUUAUAAAUGAAAAAAACAUGGGAAUAUUAGAGAUAAAUAUUCUAGUAAGAAACUAUCUUAUAGAUUGCAAGAAGGGAUAAAUUGAUCCUACUUAAAAAGACGAAUAUCUUGAAAAAAUUUAAUCUUAAGAAGAUACUACUGCUCUAAAAGAGGUUCUUUCAAGUGUUUUGAAGAGUGUUGAGGAAAGAGAAAGAAAGGUAUAACAAGAAAUGUAUUAGUUAAAAGAAAAGAAGGCCUCAUAUGAAUAUUAUAGAUCUAAGUGUGAGGAACUUGAAUUCAGAUACGAGAAGAAGAAUUCUGAAACGGGUGAGAAAAUUCUUAACAGAAAAAGAAAAUUGAGCGUAAAAGAAAAUGAGGUACCAAUUUUAGGUGAGAUAGAUUUAAAUAAAAAAGUAAAAGCAAAUUUUUGA